UGAAAAAUCAUCGGUCAGGCAGCAACGUUUUCGACGGCGACUAGUUUAGGUAAACCUCAAAUCGCAUUCGCACAGCAACGGCAACGACUACCCGUGUACGGCAAGCAGCACACAGGCGCACAUACAUCAGAGUGAACAGUGUGAAGGCGCUGUUGUUGCUGAAAUAAAAGCAAAACGAAGUCCAACGAAACGAAGUGAACCACAAAAAGGAAAUGGCGAUAAAACGAGAGAAAGAGUUCUGUCGAUUUUUAUUCGUCGCUCGCGUAGACUGCGAAACUUGAAAGUGAAUUGAAAAUAAUUUUUACUGUCAGUGGCGUAAAGGAGGUGAUUUCGAAGAUAAAGUGUAGUUUUUCAGGCGCAAAGGAGUCACUAUUGACGUAUUUUGAAUUGAGCCAUUACGACUCAUCCACCACCACCACAAAAACCAUUGUCAUUAUCAUCACUACCACAGUUGCGAGUGGUACAAACACUAGCAACAAGCAACCACCAGUGCAACCACUGUUUCGCUAACCAGCAUUGCCAUCGAUCGAUCCAUCUGCCAGCAACAGAAAUAGCAACGGGCACAUUAUUUAUCAGAGAGUACAUUUAUAGUUGUCAGCGUGAUCGUCAUUAUAAACACAGCUGUCCUCAAUAUGACAAGCAACAAGGACACUGCGUCGUUCUUCGAGAACGGGACAACGCAUCAAUUCGAAUACUGUUAUAAACUUUAUCCACAAGUGCUGAAGCUAAAGGCAGAGAAACGCUGCAAAAAGCCUCAAGAACUUAUUCGGUUGGAUGAAUGGUAUCAAAAUGAAUUGCCAAAGUUAAUAAAAGCACGAGGGAAGGAUGCGCAUAUGGUCUAUGAUGAAUUGGUACAGACCAUGAAAUGGAAACAGUCUCGUGGAAAAUUUUAUCCCCAACUUUCGUACCUGGUCAAGGUAAACACACCUCGUGCUGUUAUGCAGGAGACAAAGAAAGCUUUCCGAAAACUGCCUAAUCUAGAGCAGGCCAUAACGGCGCUAUCAAAUCUUAAAGGUGUCGGCACGACUAUGGCUUCGGCGCUGUUGGCGGCUGCUGCUCCUGAUUCAGCACCGUUUAUGGCAGACGAGUGCCUAAUGGCCAUUCCAGAAAUCGAAGGUAUCGAUUAUACCACCAAGGAGUACCUCAACUUUGUGCAACACAUCCAGACUACUGUUGCACGCUUAAAUACAGAGGCUGGCGGAGAAACACCACAUUGGUCUCCCCAUCGUGUGGAAUUGGCACUCUGGGCACAUUAUGUGGCCAACGACCUGAGUCCGGAACUUUUGGAUGAAAUGCCAGGACCUGGUGCUGGCGUAGGUGCAAAUACCAAUGGUAGCACAGUUAAGACAGCAGCACAGACCGAUAAAGUGCUUGUAGGAGAGGAUACCAAUGAUGGAGAUGAUGAGAGUUUAGGUGCAGUUGACAAUGAACACAUUAAUCCAGCACCGAUUGCAACAGUGCCGACUGCCCUGCAGGAUGGCGACUCAAACUUUGUUUCGAACGACUCCACCUCACAAGAACCCAUCAUUGAUGAGAAUACAACUCAGACCACAGCUACAACCUCAACCGACGACGGCGAAGUGGGCACACCGCUCGCAUCCGAUUCAGAGAGCAACUUGGAAGCACCCGAAAAGGCUAAACUUAAACUUAAUAAUAGCAACAGUAGCAUAAAUGCGAAUACAAAUAGUAAUAGCGAUGUUGUGGGCAUUGCACAUGGUGUCGGUGACAACAGCAACAACUGCAGGCAGAAAGCUGGUAUCGAUGCGUUAGUUGGUAAUAGCAACGGUAAUGGUAACGGUACUUUAGUGUCUUUGGGAGCAGCCGGCAGUGAUGGGGAGAAUAGCAGUUGCCUACGGUCAACAGGCAACGAAGAGGCAAGCGAGGACGAUGUCGAUGCUGAGGACGACAGCAGCAACAGCAACAGUCGCCACAUUGAACAGAGCCACAAAUCGAUAACCCCGCUAUUUGGUGGCAAUUUGAACGAUUCUACAAAUUACACAAACGCCAACGCCAGCGAUUCUAACAACGAUUCCACGCUUAGCAGCGCUGCCGGUGUUGUAUCGCAAAAGCGUGCACUGCAAUGUGAAGGUGCAAGCGAUGUUGACGGUGUUUUUACAGCGGAUGAAGCCAACAGUCAACCAGAACCGAAAAAAAUACGAAGUGAUUAGGUAGAAGACGCAGAGCAAAGUUUGUGAACGGGCUAGAGGGGAAAGCGGUUUAAAUAGAGCGUAAUUAAAAA